AUGGAGCAAAACGGCAGCAACUCCAGUUAUUCAAAAGCCCAAACUUAUCUCACUGCCUCUAAAUCCUUUCUUCAACAUCGAAAUUUUCAAGACUCCAUUAAAUACGCUCUGAAAUCUCUUCAAAAUGACCCAAAUAACCCUUCCCCUUCACAAAUCCUCGCCAUAGCUAAAGUCCUUUCUUUUUCCUCCAUUGCCGAAGACACAAAUUACUAUAAUGUCCUUGACCUUCCUCUUUAUACCCAAGAUCAACAACUAAUCAAAACAAACUUCACGAAUAUAACUAAUCUCUUAAACCCUAGUAGAAAUCAGUACCCUUUUGCCUCCGAGGCUUUUCAGGUUGUACUUAAAGCUUGGUCUGUGCUUUCUAACCCGACCCAUAAGACCCGUUUUGAUGACAGGUUGAAAAAAGACGGGAAAACUGAUGAAACUGGUAGUACUACUUUUUGGACUGUAUGUCCGUACUGUUACUAUGUGUAUGAGUUUCCUAAGGUUUACGUAGAUUGUUUGCUGAGGUGUCAGAAUGACAAGUGUAAACGUGGGUUUCAGGCGCUGCCUAUUGUGGGUCCACCUCCGCCGGAUGACGUGGCGGAGAAGGGUGAGUAUUAUUGUUAUGGGUUCUCUGUUUUGGGUUUAGAAGGAGGAGGAAAGUCUUUGUGGUCACCAUUUGUGAAAAAGAAUGAUUACGUGGCAGAGGAGGAUGAGUUUGAUGUGAAUGAGUUUAUUGAAAUUUCUGAUGGUGAUGAUGAUGACGUGGCAUCAGAGGGGGAUGAAAAUGGUAUAAACGAUGAAACUUUAGGGGUUGAAAAGACAUUUGUGAAAAGUAAUGGUACUAGGAAGAAGAGGAUAAAAAUGAUGGCAAAGAGUUUAAAGAAGGUAUUAGGAAAAGGGAAUAGAGUUAACAUGAGUGAGGUUGUUUAUUCAGAAGGAAAUGAUGAAAAUGAUGAUUUUGAAUUUGGUAAUGGUGGAGAAAAGAUUAAGAUUAAUGAGAGUAAUGUUGAGUUUUUUGUGGGAGAUGAUGAUAAUAUCUAUGUUGGUUUACAAGAUGAUUUUGAUGUGGGAAUUGGAGAUAUUGAGACUUUUUUUAAGUGA